UUUACUUCCUGUUUGCAGUUAAGUUUCACUCUGUGUUCUCGUGGGUGUCGCAGCGUCUUCUCUCCAUCUGAAAGCAGGAACCUGAGGUCGGAGUCAUCUGGGACAAUUCAGCUCACCUGAGGCCUGCACUACGAAUCGUGUUGAACGUACCCAGGCCAGAAUAUCUGGUGUGGUUAUCAGGAUUCACAAAACCUAACAACCGAGUCAAGCUAAGGAGUCCCACGGCAGUCGUUAUCAACUUGACAGUAUUACAUCUGGAGUCACAGAUGGAGUCCCAGUUGGAGUUGCAGCUUGAGUCAAAUCAGGAUUCACAGCUGGAACAGGGGGCCCAGUUGGAGUCAGAGCUGGAGUCAUAUCAGGAUUCACAGGUGAAUCUAGGGGCCAAGCUGGAGUCACAUCUGGAUUCAUAUCAGGAUUCACAGCUGGAUCUAGGGGCCCAGCUGGAGUCACAGCUGGAGUCAUAUCGGGAUUCACAACAGGAGCAGUGGUUACAGGUGGAGUCAGAGCUGGAGUCACAGCUGGAUUUAUAUCAGGAUUCACAGCAGGAGCAUUGGUCACAGGUGGAGUCACAGCUGGAGUCAUAUCGGGAUUCACAACAGGAGCAGUGGUUACAGGUGGAGUCAGAGCUGGAGUCACAGCUGGAUUUAUAUCAGGAUUCACAACAGGAGCAGUGGCUACAGGUGGAGUCAGAGCUGGAGUCACAGCUGGAUUUAUAUCAGGAUUCACAGCAGGACCAUUGGUCACAGGUGGAGUCACAGCUGGAGUCAUAUCGGGAUUCACAGCUGGAUCUAGGGGGCCAGCUGGAGUCACAGCUGGAGUCACAGCUGGAUUUAUAUCGGGAUUCACAGCAGGAGCAGUGGUCACAGGUGGAGUCACAGCUGGAGUCAUAUCGGGAUUCACAGCUGGAUCUAGGGGCCCAGCUGGAGUCACAGCUGGAUUUAUAUCGGGAUUCACAGCAGGAGCAGUGGUCACAGGUGGAGUCACAGCUGGAGUCAGAUCGGGAUUCACAGCUGGAUCUAGGGGCCCAGCUGGAGUCACAGCUGGAGUCACAGCUGGAUUCACAGCAGGAGCUGGGUGCCCAGCUGGAGUCACAUUUGGAGUCAUAUCGGGAUUCACAGCUGGAGGUGGGGUCACAGCUGGAGUCACAGCUGGAGUAACAGCUUGAGUCACAGGAAGUGCAAAAUAUUAAACUAAGGGUGUAAUGCAUGCUUUAGCACCCUUGUAGAACUGAUCCUUAGCAGGGCCUCACACUUGGUCCAAUCCCCCCUCCUUCCUUGUACACAGUAGUGAUAGCCAGAUGAAACCUCAUGAAACAUUUUCUUUAUUUUCUGUGCCCUCUAGACAGCUCUCUCUGUCCAACAAAGGGUUGAAAGCACACUGAAUUGCCAUUCCUUAAGCCUUUCUCUUUAAACCAAGAGUGCCAUCUAGCAGAGAUGGGGACUCGAGUCCGAGACAAGUCGCACUUAAAUUGCACAAACAGUGACUUCAGACUUGACUUGCGACUCGACCCAAAAGACUUCAGACUUGACUCGGACUUGAGCUUCGA